AUGGCGCGUCCAAUUGAGUAUGUGAGGGAUAUCAAUGACUCAAAGGACCUAUGGAAGAUUUCUAUUAGGUGCAAACAUAUUUGGUCAGUCACAAGUGCUUCAAAGAAGGAACACCUUGAAAUGAUUCUCGUGGAUUCUAAGGAAUCUAUGAUUCAAGCUGUUGUACCUCCGUACUUGGUUACCAAGUUCAAGGAAUAUCUCUGUCAUGGUUGUUCAUACGUACUGCAGAAUUUUAAAGUAGGUUCCAAUGACUUCUCUUUUAAGUCCACUGAUCAUAAACACAAGCUGGUGUUCUGUGGUUCUACUUCCGUUAAGAAAACGGACAACCCAGAAAUUCCUGUUAAUGUUCUCAAUCUACUUAGUUUGGCUGACAUUGUAGAUGAUGUUCUUGGUGGAGUUGUAGAGAUUACUCAAUCCCAUGUCAGUUCUGAUAACAGCAAGAGCAAAGUUGUUUUUUCAAUUACUGAUAACAGCAAAUCCAUUGUUGUGUGUACGCUAUGGGGUCAAUUUGCAAUCCAAUUCAAUGAGUAUUGGACAAAAAAUAAGGAUGAUGGUAAUAUGGUUGUGCUUCUGAUUAAUGCUCGAAUAAAGGAGGCUCAAGGAAACUUUCCUUUAAACGUAUCAAAUGCGUGGAAUGGCACAAAACUGAUCAUUAAUGAUACUGGCUUUGAACAAGUUUCCAAGCUAAAAGAAAGUUUUAAAGGUGAUUUUCCAAAGUUGUCAGAUACAAGUGUGCAAGUUACUGCAUCACAAAAUUCAUACUACUCAGAUUUCUAUAAGUUUGUAUGGAAAGCUGAUGUAUUAAGUCUUGCAGAAAUAGGGGGUUUGCAACAGGAAACUACAUGUGUAACUGUUGCCACGCUGGAUAAAUUUGAUGUUGGACAAUCUGGAUGGUAUUACAAUGGUUAUGUUGACUGUACAAAAAGUGUGACUCCGAGGGAUGGAAAGCUUGAGUGUUAUGCAAAAUAUAUAAGUCCUUCUCCCGUGCCCAGGUUUAAAUUGGAAAUAUUGGCUGUUGACGGUAAAUGCAAUGCAAUGUUCAUUUUUUGGGACGUCGAUGUUAAGUGCCAAAUUGAACCUCUGUCUGUCUCAGCCGAUUAUGAUCCUUCUGCCUCAAAUACUAAUCUGACGCCUUCUAAGAAAAUUUUAAGUGAAGCUGUUGAGGAAAUUGAAGGUGUCCAGCUUUCGUCGACAAAGUUAAUCAAAGAUAUCAAGAAGGAAGAAUAG